ACAAACAUAAUGGCGCUGUGGAAUACACGGGUUGGAUCAGCUUUCCGGAUUUUACGGGUGGCAACUACCGGUAAAUAUGAUUAUGUCAAAACGAAGACGCAUGUACAUUUUUCCAUCAAGCCCCGUCUCAUCGCGCAAACAAUACGUGGCUACAUGGCGGUAGCAGAACCACCGGAUUUCAUCUCGGACCCGAAGUCAUCGUCGUACAUACAAGUCAGCAGGAUCAUGUCGCACGAUGAUGCAAAUCCACUUGGCAAUAUCCAUGGCGGCAUUUUGUUGCGAAUGAUUGCAGAAGCUGGAUACAUCAGCGCAACCAAAUACUUCAACAGUGACCGAAGCAGGGAAUUACCCGGGUACGAGUCAUGUUCUGCGGCACUGGCUAGAGCAGAACGGACAAGUUUUCUUCAACCUAUGUUUAUUGGAGAAUUGGCUCAGCUACAUGCAGAAGUCAUGUAUACAUCAAAGCACUCACUUGAAGUUCAAGUGCAAGUUUUUGCAGAAAAUAUAUUAGAAGGCACAAGAAGACUGACCAAUAAAGCUUCCCUGUGGUUUGUACCAGUUUCUAUAUAUGCCAGACCGAAGAAGAUCCUUGAAGUGGCAGAAAUGAACUACAAAUCACCGGAGAUCAAGGAACAAGGACGACAGAGAUAUGAAUUCCAACUAUCCGAGAGAGUUCUUACUCAUAAAUCGAAGCGAGAUGUUGUGGGGGUUAUUUUUAACUCGAAUUUUGGAGCACAAAAAAUACAGGCCCAAAACAGGAAAAAAGAGUGUGUUAAAUGA